AAGGCCCUCUCGGCUGGAGGCGGGGCGGGCUGCGAGUGCGAGCCGUCUUGGCCGCUCUCCCGCUCAGAGCCGGGUCCGGGUGGCACCGCGGUCCCCGCGACACCCGCAGCCGCUGACCGCGCGCGCCUCAGCGCUCGGCCGGGAGGCGGAGGCGCAGCGCAGGGGAGGCGGGUGGCUAGCGCUGGCUGCGCGCCGGGGUCCGCUGCUCAGCUUUCCUUUGUCUCCCGCCUGCGGGGCCGCAGCGGUCCUGGUGCACAGCCCUGCAGCCGCAAGAUGGCAGAUGGCAACGAGGAUGCUCGAGCGGACGACCUGCCAGGCCCGGCCUUCGAGAACUACGAGGCCAUGGAGCUGGCCUGCCCGGCCGAGCGCAGCGGCCACGUCGCCGUCAGCGAUGGGCGCCACAUGUUCGUCUGGGGCGGCUACAAGAGUAAUCAAGUGAGAGGAUUAUAUGACUUUUAUCUGCCCAGAGAAGAGCUUUGGAUCUACAACAUGGAGACUGGAAGAUGGAAAAAAAUCAACACUGAGGGUGACGUUCCUCCUUCCAUGUCUGGGAGCUGUGCUGUGUGUGUAGACAGGGUGCUGUACUUGUUUGGAGGACACCAUUCCAGAGGCAAUACAAAUAAGUUCUACAUGCUGGAUUCAAGGUCUGCAGACAGAGUGUUACAGUGGGAAAGAAUUGAUUGCCAAGGAAUCCCUCCAUCAUCAAAGGACAAACUUGGUGUCUGGGUAUAUAAAAACAAGUUAAUAUUUUUUGGAGGGUAUGGAUAUUUACCUGAAGAUAAAGUAUUGGGAACUUUUGAAUUUGAUGAAACAUCUUUUUGGAAUUCAAGUCAUCCAAGAGGAUGGAAUGAUCAUGUACAUAUUUUAGACACUGAAACAUUUACCUGGAGCCAGCCCAUUACCACCGGUAAAACACCUUCACCUCGUGCAGCCCAUGCCUGUGCAACUGUUGGAAACAAGGGCUUUGUGUUUGGUGGCAGAUACAGAGAUGCUAGAAUGAAUGAUCUCCACUGUCUUAAUCUGGAUACAUGGGAGUGGACUGAAUUAAUUCCACAAGGCAUAUGUCCAGUUGGCCGUUCCUGGCACUCACUGACACCAGUGUCUUCAGAUCAUCUUUUUCUCUUUGGAGGAUUUACCACUGAAAAACAGCCACUAAGUGAUGCCUGGACUUAUUGCAUCAGUAAAAACGAAUGGAUUCAGUUUAAUCAUCCUUACACCGAAAAGCCAAGGUUAUGGCACACAGCUUGUGCAAGCGAUGAAGGAGAAGUAAUUGUUUUUGGUGGUUGUGCAAACAACCUGCUGGUCCAUCAUAGAGCUGCACACAGUAAUGAAGUACUUACAUUUUCAGUUCAACCAAAAUCUCUUGUACGGCUAAGCUUAGAAGCAGUCAUUUGCUUUAAAGAAAUGCUAGCUAAUUCGUGGAACUGCCUUCCAAAACACCUACUUCACAGUGUUAAUCAGAGGUUUGGUAGUAACAACACUUCUGGAUCGUAAGGCCUCGUAGAUAAUAAUUCUCAUCUACUUGCAUGGAAAACAACCCUGUAUUUGUCACAGAGUGGCAUCCUUUGUAUACUUAUAUGUAUUGUUGUAGUUUGCAGCUUUCUGGGUUUUAUGUGCAUGUGAAUGGCCUAGAGAACUUAUUUUUGUGUCUAAAGUUUACAAUAAAUGUAUUUAACACCA